AUGUCGACGGGCGGCAGGGUCGCGAGCUCGUUCUCGCAGACGGCGGGGCUGGAUCUGUUCGGCGCCGUGGCGGUGACCGUGCUCAUCAUGGUCUGCCUGUGCGGGGCCCUCGCCUGCUGCUGCUUCCGCGAGGUGUGCGGCUGCCUGUGCCCCUGCAUGGCGGACAACCCCAACGUGUACGGCGACGGGUUCGGCGCAGGCUCCAUGGCCGGCGCCGCGCUCGCGGGAGGCCUCGCGGGGUACGAGAUGGGCCAGAUGAACGACGGCUACGGCGGGGGCUACGGCGGCGGCUACGGCGGCGGCUACGGCGGCUGGUGA